ACAAAUUGAUUACGAAAGAACAAGAUGGCUGCGCCCUUGGACUGACGGAAUCUUCUUGAUGUUCUAAAUCUUUAAUUCAGAAAAAAGAAUGGCAACUGCUGAUGAAAACACAGAAGAAAAGAAAUCAAUCUUCUUCUGGAGAAACUGGGGAAGAAAAUGUGACAGAGUGAGAAAAGAGUUGUAUGAAUGUGUGAUAGUCACUGAUUGUUGUCAAAAGGAAAGAAAAACACCUAAAGAGUGCCUAAAAGAACGACAUCCAGAUGUGGAACACUGUCAGACAUUAGUCUACUCCUUAUAUAGAUGUAAACAUGGAACUUUUGAUCGAAGACAACAGUUUAGAGGAAUGUCUAAAGACUACUAGGCUGAUUUGAUAGAUGUUGUGUGAUUGUUUGUGUACAAGACUGAAUGCUCCUGUGAUAAUGUGAGUGAAAUUAGAUAAUUGUUACUGUGGAAGUGAGUCUCAUCCUCAGGAACUACUAUUUUAUGAUGUUACAUGUGAACUUGUAAACAUUUUUAUUUUAUGAGAAAAUGGAUAAAAAUAUACAAAUGUA